AUGUUGGCCACACGAUUGACAUGCUGCCAUCCGAAGUCGACCUCGACAACAGCGAGCAGGCAGCGAACAGCGUCGAGCUCGAACACUGGUUUGCAUCGCAUCGGCACUUUGCUGGGCGGCGCUCACCACACGACCAUAGCAUCGACUCUAGCAGAGGUUGCAAGCAGGAAGCGCGAUAUACACCGUGUGGGGAUGCUGCAGGCGACAGGGGCUACCUCGUUUCUGCGCUCGUUCAGCAGCACAUGCCUACACGCGCCGUCGCUACUGCUAGCAAAGCCGUCCACGCGCGAUCUGCCCACGCGCGACACACCGGGGCGGAUCAGCACGCGCUCACGACGGCGGACAUCGCCGCUAUUCGACCGCGCCUCCCUGCGCAGCACCUCCUUCGGCUCUCGCCCCCCACGCCCUCCGCCUCCGCGGCGUCCCUCGUCCUCGCUCGCACGGCUCACGGCGCGGAUUGACGAACGGCUUUUCUCACACCUACCGCGCAACUUUGUACUCUACACCAUCCUCGCGCUCAACUGCUUUGUCUUUGGCAGCUGGCUGUACGCCGCCGAGUCGCUGCGCCGGUUCCACGACCCACGCGCAUACAUCUUCCUGUCCAAAAACUUCCUCUCCGGCAUCCCCAACGUGCGCGAGGGUCGGUGGUGGACGAUGCUUACCUCGUGCGUGUCGCACGAGAAGCUCGACCACUUCUUGCUCAACAUGGUCUCGCUCGCCUUCAUGGCCCCGCCCGUGCUGGCGCUCACGGGGCCUACGACAUUCGUGUUACUCUACUUUGGCGCCGGGGUGGUCAGCAGCGUCGUGUCCAUGGCGGGCAAGGCGCUCGUGUCGUCGUCGCCGGCCGGCGCGGGCGGCGCGGGCGCGGAAGGGUUCAGCCAUGGCGCAAGCGGGUCCGUGUAUGCGAUCAUGUCAACGUUUGCCUGCGUGCACCCGACCGCGACGUUUUUGAUCUUUUUCGUCAUCCCAGCACCCGCAUGGGCGUGUGUCAGCGGCAUCUUCGCUUGGGAUCUGUACCACGCCGCAGGCACGCCCAAGGGCAGGACCGACUCGGCGGGGCACGUCGGCGGCAUCCUCGCUGGCAUUCUCUUCUGGCGCUUCGGCCUGCGAGGCGUGCGCCUCUAA